UCGUAUGCGAUUCGUAUGGCUUGCACGAAUUCGCACACAAAAUCUAGUCUUUUUCAUCCCGUAAUUUUAGUUACUAACAUCAAAUAAUCAUUUCUGUUUUUCUUUUAAACUUGACUUUAGUUAUCAAAUCUGAACAACAACAGUUAUACAAAAUACACACGGAUUGAAAAAAUUCAACGAAAAAGUGCAAUCCAAGAAGAAGAAUUGAUAGCAACAUUUCAUAAUCAAAUUGAAUUACUACAGAGAAAAGGGAAUCGGAACAAGAAAUAAUAUUAUAACACAUAAGCCCACAGAGCCAAAUAUUUUAUCAUUUCCAUAGGAUCAAUAUACUGUACAGUACUCCAAAUGGACUCGCAUACUAAGUUAUUAUUGUAAUUUUUUUGGAAUUGUACUGUUAUUGUGACGAUUUGAAUUUUAAUGGAUAUGCGUAAAUACAUAUAUCUGUCCGAGGGCCAUGUGACGCUGAAAGCGAGAUAUUGCUAUCAGUUAUUUUUGUUUUUCCAAUUCCCUUUUAUCGCAUCUAUGCUCGCAUCAAAUGAAUCACAGCACAUAAACAUAAACACAACACAUAAACAUAUACAAAUGAAGAGAUAAUUCCCUUACGAACACCCGCAUCUCACACACUAUACUAUAGUAGUGAAAACGAACUUGUGAUAUUGUUAGUUUAUUUCUUGUCGAAAUCGAAGUGAUGUCAGAUAAAGAUUAUAUUUUAACAGCAUUUAUUUAAAUACAGAAAAACACAACAUUAAAACUCAGUGGCAACAUUAAAAGAUAAAAUUUAAGAAAUUUGACGAAAAAUAUUCUUAAAAAAUCAUCAGUUUAAUUGCUUUUUUCGGUUUCUUGGAAAUGUUUGUUUUGUGAUUUGGCUGAUUACGUGUUGUGACCACAUCCUGGGAGAUAUUAUAUUUAAUCGGUCAGUCAGUGUCAAAACGCUCUUUAGGCUUGAUGCUAAAAGUCAUAAUUCCUAAUUAUUCAAAUAGUUACGCGAGUACUAAUGCAAGUAUUGAAUUAUAUUGAAGUAAAUCAAUCAAUUUGAAUUUACAUAAAGUGAAAGGCCAAAUGUUCAAAAUAUAAAUGAAAAAAUGUGCAAAACCCAGAUGCAACGGAAAAGAAUGUGAACGGCGAAAGCGAUCGUGAUUUACAUACAAACUUAAGCUAAAAGAUCACAAAUUUUGACUUUCAUUACUGCUACUGAAUAAAUUUAUGAAUUGAUGAAUUGAAGGGCAAUCAUAUAGAUCAUUCAACUAAUGGAAAGACGAGCUGACAUUGUGAUGAGGUCAAUAUUUUCACUGAAAAUGUGGACUAGUGUCGAGUUGAAUUGCUUCAGUUCAAUCGUUCUCAUCGUUGUAUUUUGUUCAAUCAAUGCCGCUACCAAUGAAAAUAAGCCAAUAAUUAAGGUGAACCGCAAUGCAGAAAAAAAUAUUAUAGUUAGCAAACAUGAUGAUAUUAUCAUCACAUGUGAAGCAGAUGAACCGAUACGUUGGACCGAUGCAUGGACUGAAUUUCCAUCAUUAUGGACAGCUCCGUUUGCAUGGAAUUUUGUGGAAUCUGAACUAUUCCUACUAGCAGCCAAAUUAAACGAAACAAAAUAUAAUUUGUACAACAAUCCAAAUGAUGAUACUAUUGAAAAUGAAAAUUUAAAUGCGUAUCAAUAUAAAGUCCAUCUUAGUCUCCGGGAUGUUGAUUACAAGUCUGUUGGAUUAUACUUUUGUGUGAAGAAUUCAUCGACAUUUUCCCAACCCAUUGAACUAUAUAUCGAAGAUAUUUCGAAUUCGAAUGUCAACAAAUCCAACAGCAUCUAUUUAAGUGUGAAAGACAAUGAUUUCCCUAUAAAAUCGACGCAUGACAUUUGGAAGUGGGAUACUUGUAAGUUUGAUGGCCCUUGCAUACCAACGGUUCAUAAUGAAACCAUCAGGUUCAAUAAUUUUAACAAGGAACGAGCUCUAUUGCAAAAGGCUACAAUUUAUCGGGCGACUUAUGAUAAACUUGCCAAUAAGAAUGAUAUUCAGUUUACGUGUACAAAAGACAAUGAUUCGCAUGCACAACUCAAUGUUCAUGUUGAUGUUGAUAAGAGCUACAGUUGCGAUGAACGUACUAUGAUAACAUUCAAAACGGAUGAUUUUGCCAUCGAAGGAUCCACACUUGAACUUAAAUGCAUAUAUAUCGAUAUCGUAAAUCGUAUAUUUAAAUGGGAAUUUCCUAGUAUUGAAACUGAAAAUCGGGCGGAUUGGAACAACAAAACUGGCGAUCUGACCAUUCGAAAUGUGAAUAAAGCACAAGACAUUGGUGUAUAUACAUGUAUUGUAACUAAUGCAUACGGUAAUGAACGUAAAGCUACACGGAAUAUAACACGGAUUUUGGCUGCUAACGAAACAUUCCUCAAUCUUAACACUCCACCGGAAUUCAACUCCAAUAUCUCCAUGAAUGUAUCAGAUGAAUUUAUUUUGGUGGUAAAAUAUUCAGCUUAUCCCAAGCCAAAUUUCACCUGGUACGAUAGUAAUAACAAAUCGAUUGAUUGGAUAGAGAAGAAGGAUGAUACAUUGAGAAAAGUCGCCCACCAUGAUCGUGAAAAAAAAGUUGUGGUUAUGAUUGUAAGAAAUUUAACAAUCAACGAUUCCGGAAUUUAUACUCUGAUCGCUGACAAUGGCAAAAAAAUAAACAAAGAUUUCCGACUAGAAGUUAGAGACAAUCGAGGUCCAAGAGUGCUCGUUUGGGUGAUCUUUGGUUGUGGUAUGAUUUGUCUGUCAUUGCUUGUGAUGUUUGGGUGUUAUCAUAAUUAUCGCGCGCAGCAGUUAAAACAAAGAAUAAAGAAAGGAGAACUAAUCGGUACCGGUAUAACCGGUGAUGUUCAUAAAGGAGAAAUAAUGCCAAUUUCGCUCGGUCUGCCCUGUGCUACUUUUGGCAAAGAAAUAAAAGUUGUAAUCAAAACGCACAAGCAUAACUAUUCGGGACUAUCUGAGCUAAUGAAGGAAAUACACAUCGUGAGACAAUUGCCACCACAUCCUCAUAUUGUUAGAUAUCUUGGUUCAGUGACUGGGGAUCCCCUUAAUGACGAAUGUGAAAUAAUGAUCGUUUAUGAACUAUGUGCAUAUGGAAAUAUGCGGUGCUUCUUAGCAAAAAAUAGCGAUUUUUUUGUAAAUCAAGUUGAAUGCGCGGAUGAGUACAUAAUAAAUUACAGAAAAACGAAACCAGAUCCACCAACAAACAGCGGUAAUCCUGAAAAUCAACAAAGAACUUAUAGAAGAAACACCAAUGCCAAUGUGAAUAUUGGAGUUGAUUCUCCUGAAUCACAGAUCAAUUCAACUUUAACACCUUCGGGGAAAACAUUUUCAACAAUCGAUAUUUAUGCUUGGUCGGUUCAAAUGGCAGAUGGAUUGACGUUUUUGGCUUCAAAAAAUAUUUUCCAUCGUGAUUUAGCUGCUAGAAAUAUUUUAAUUUAUGAGGAUAUGAGUGUUAAAAUUGGUGAUUUUGGUAUUGCAAAGGAGGUGCGCGAAGGUUAUGAAUAUACGCAAUCGAAUUUGACUCCUAAGCCAUAUCGGUGGAUGGCGAUGGAAUUGCGUAGAGAUGAAGAUCCUGAAGAAUCGACUGAAAUUAAAUUCGAUUAUAGUCCAAUGGCUUGUCAAAAGUGUGAUGUCUGGUCGUUUGGUGUAAUAAUUUGGGAGUUAUUUUCAUUGGGAAAAACUCCAGAAUUGUAUUCUUUUGAAGAACUAAAAGAUGGCAAACGAUUGAAACAUGAUGAAACUACUACUACACAAAGGAUGUAUAACGUGAUGCAUGAUCUUUGUUGGGCGGAAAAUCCCAAUGAUCGUCCAACAUUCGCUGAAUUAAAAGAGAUACUGCUAAAGUUUCACUCGAAUGCACAGAAAGGUAUUGAUGGGGAUGAAGACGAUGAAAAUGAUGCAGAGUAUGAAUCAAACUUAAUAAAUGUAGGUGCAAGCACAACAUCUCCAGAUGAGAAGAUUGAUGCAAGUGAUAUGAGUUCGGGAUAUGAUUCAGCUCAUUCGCCCUCAACUUCCCCUUGUUUCCUAUUGCCAAGUACCAGCAACACCUUUUUUGAAAUACCAUCGAAUUCAUAUCCGAUAAUAAAUCCAUUUAUUAUCAACGCUCCAAGUACCACUGUAAAUAUUCCAAAUGAAAUCGAAUCAAAUCAAGUGAAAGAAACUCGUUUAUAAUAAGGCUAUUAUAAUUCCUUUAUUUCUCUAUUCAAUAUAAUUCAAAACCAUGGAAAAAAAAGUUUUUUACCAAGAGGCUGGGCCAAUUACAAAAUACUUUCGGUUCACAUUUGGUUAGCAUUUAAAAAAAUUUUUUGAUAAUAAGUAGUGAUAAUAAUAACAAAAAAAUGUAUAUUUGUUCAUUUAUUUGUUAAUAAGGCUGUCUCUGUCAUGGUUGACACCCAGAAAAUCUCAUAGAAUUAAAAAGAAAAAUAAAACAUUUGGUAGCAUUUGGCAGAUGUCUAUGUUUGUCGCCGCCACAAGGUAGAACUAUGAAUAAACAAUAAAUGUAAUAUUAUACUUGUAUAUUCCCUCUAUAUUAGGUUUUAAGGCGUUAAAUCGGGGUUUAAAUUUGGUUGAAUUUCUGCGGUUGAUUAGAUUACUUGAUAAUUGUGUAUUUUAUCAAUUAAUAACACUGUGCUACCAAUUUUGGGUGAAAAAAAGUAAUUGGGCAUGACCACCAUGAGAGUGAAGUACUCCUAUGGCAAGCAAAAUCCUCGCUGGGUUUUGCGAUUUUGACUCAGGUUGUUAUUUUUUUCGGCCCGUGUAAUUUUUUUAUUCUAUAUGAUUUUUGCAAUAUUGAUGUCAUCACUUUUUGGUCAAUAACUCAUCCAGAAUCGGAAAUAUUGUCUUACUUUUCCAAACAAAGUUGUAGCAAAGAGUCCAAUAAACAAAUUUUAUGAACAAA